GCCGCCGCCAUGUUGCGGCCGUUGGUGCCCGGUACUGGGUGAGGCCUGCGCGGGGCCCCGGCGGCGGCGGGGCCCUUCAGGAGGAGCCGCCUGCGUGGGUGGCGGUUUUGAACCUCCUCCUGUGAACAGCAUGGUCCAGGCUGGAUUGGAAGCUGCAGAGGAGCAACUGCAGAUCUCCAAAGAUCCCCAGGAAGAGCACUGCUGGUGAGAGCUUUCAUCAUGGGGGACAUGAAAACCCCGGACUUCGAUGACCUGUUGGCUGCUUUUGACAUCCCUGAUCCAACUAGCCUGGAUGCCAAGGAGACUAUCCCAUCAGCUGGGGAGGAAAAUGAGAGUCACCUGAAGUCCUCAGGGAUUUGCAUAGAUGAGAACGUGUCCUUAUCUCACUCUUUGCCUCCCUCUGAUGCUCCUGUUGUGAGUGUGAUAGUGAAGAACACAAGUCGCCAGGAGUCCUUUGAAGCAGAAAAGGAAGGGAAUCACCUUGGGACUGGGCUGCUGCACAAUGGGUUUCGUGGGUCCGAUCUGCCAUCGGAGGCUCAUGCUUUAGUGCAUAAUUAUGGCAAGUUUGAGUCAACUUUUAUUAAUGGUGACAGCUCAAGAAGUUACUCUGAUAAACUGGACCAGUCCAAGUCUGAGCCUUUGCCAACGUUCAGUCAGUUUAGCCCAAUUUCCAGCCCCGAACCAGAGGAUGCAUUCAAGGAAGACAGCAUUGCUGAUAAACCCAAACACGCCCAAACUCCCUAUUUUCCACCACCUUCUAUGUAUAUACCCACAGGAGCUUCAGUUCUGGAUCAUCUGAGGAAGGUACCAGAGCCUGAAUUAAGCAUGUUUGAUCAAUACUGUAAGAAGGAACAAAAGAUGGAAAUCCACUGCCAGCCAGAGAAUAGGCUGGAAAUGAGCAGGAGAGAACACGACAGAGCACCAGAGAGGUUCAUAGAGUCAAGCAGGGACUUGGUAGAUACCAAUAGCUUUCUUGGAGAAGGCCUGGUGUUUGGAGACCUUCCUCACAAUAAUUUAGGAGAAAGUAAGGGGUCUGUGCCUGAGCUGAAUAUGUCUUCCUCUGUACCACCUCGCCAGAGGUUAAAGCCAACUUAUUCGAAGUUGUCGUCCUGCGUGGCAGCGUUAGUAGCUCUUCAGGCCAAAAAGGUUGCAUGUAAUCCAAAAAGUGAUCAGCCAAACCUUACCAAGGAGCCUGGUCCUUUUAGAGACGGGAUGAAGGGAAGCCCAAAAAUGCCCAAGUCACCAAAGAGUCCCCGCAGCCCCUUAGAGGUGGUGAGGAAGGCAAGCAAGCAGCCUGAGAGUCCUCGAAGUGUGUGCAGUGACAGCAGUGGGAAAGGCUCUCCCUCCAUGGCAGCUGGCUCUCCUCCAGCUAUUCCCAAAGUUAGAAUAAAGACUAUCAAGACAUCCUCUGGUGAAAUUAAAAGAACUGUAACUAGAAUUUUGCCAGAGAACGAUGAGCUGGGCAAAUCUUCAGAAGAGUCACCUGUGGAAACCUCGUCUGCUGAAGAGUUCAUCAAAUGUUUCCCAUCCCCUGAUACCAGUGCAGUUAUGGAAGGUGAAGCUAGGAAGAAUUCCACCAAAACGGGGGCUGCUGUGGCUCUCCAGCUGUCAAACGUAGCGGGUCCUUACACAGAUGCUGUGAAAACAGAUAUUGCUGUGAAUAGCACGUGCACCGUGUCCUUAUCUCCACUGCCAAACUGCGGUGGCGGUGCCAUAAAAGUGGGUGUUAAGAGGCAGCAGCAAGGUUUGGUGGUGCAGCCAUCCCCUGGGGCCACGUCCAGCCUGCUUCCCAAAGCUGUGCACUUGGCCAAUCUCAACUUAGUCCCUCAUAGCGUCGCUGCUUCUGUCACGGCCAAGUCGUCUGCACAGAGGAGAAGCCAGCCCCAGGUGACACAGAUGUCUGUGCCACUGGUGCACCAGGUCAAGAAAGCUGCUCCCGUCAUCGUGGAGGCAUUCAACAAAGUGCUGCACAGUGCCAACCCCGUGCCAAUUUAUACUCCAAACCUUAGCCCUCCACCUGACACCAGUAUUAAUAUUCCUGCCUCUGGAUAUUGUUGUCUGGAAUGCGGGGACUCUUUUGCCUUAGAGAAGAGCCUGACUCAACACUAUAGUAGACGAAGCGUUCAUAUUGAAGUCAUGUGCACUCAGUGUUCAACUAUGCUUCUUUUCUUUAAUAAGUGUAGCUUGCUUAAACAUGCCAGAGAUCACAAGAACAAAGGAUAUAUCAUGCAGUGUUCUCAGCUCCUCAUGAAACCCAUUUCCUUAGACCAAAUGUUUCCACCUUCUCCUACAAGCUCCUCAGCUUCUCAGACUCCUCAGACUUUGCACUCACCCUCUCCUUCACGUAAGAGCAGUGCUGCUGGGGGAGGUGGUGUGGGAGCCUCUGCCAGCUCACAGCCAGCCAUGCCUCUCUAUAUGGACCCACUGCGACUCAUCCGACACGGACUUAAGUGUUUAGAGUGUAACAAGCAGGUACAGGAUUACAUUGAUCUAGCAGCUCAUUACCAGAGAACCUCAGAAGAUUAUGAAAAACUGACGUGUCAAGUGUGCCAGAUGAUGCUGCCCAACCAGUGCAGUUACUGUGCUCACCAGAGGAUCCACGCUCACAAGUCCCCGUACUGCUGCCCGGAGUGCGGAGCCGUCUGCCGCUCAGCCUAUUUCCAGAGCCACGUCAAGGAGAACUGCCUGCACUACUCCCGCAGAGUCGGGCUGAGGUGCAUCCAUUGUGGAAUUGUCCUCAUGAACUUUGGCCUGCUGAAAGUGCACAUCGAGGAGAAACACUGCGAAGUCUUCCACAAGUGUUCUUUUUGCCCCAUGGCCUUCAAGUCUGCCGACAGCACCACGGCUCACAUGACCAGCCAGCACCCAGAGGCACCACCCAAGACUACUCAGGUCAUCUACAAAUGCUCGUGCGAGACAGUUUUUAACAGGAAGAAGCGGCUCCACGAGCACUUCCAUAAGAACACCAAGAAGUUGUUAGUGCCAGUGUUUAAGUGCCCCCAGUGUCAUCUGGUGUACAUGCAGAAACAGCAGUUAAUGCAGCACGUGAAGGGUGUUCAUGGGGUCCCCCAAAAUCCUGAGGAGCUCUCAAAUAUUCAACAAAAACCUGAGAAGGCACCAAGGAACAAGGUUCAUACCCCACCAAAGGAGCUGUCAGUAGCCAAUGGGACUUCCCACUCCCCUCUGCUGAGAAAGGACAUGAGGGUGGAAGGACACAAUCCAGAAGCCAAGUCCAGACUGAGAACUGGUUGGACUUGCAAGGAAUGUUCACAGUGGAUCCCAGAUCGGGAAGCUUAUGUGUCCCACAUGAAGAGAAGUCAUGGAAGGUCUCUGAAGAGAUAUCCCUGUCGACAGUGUGAACGCUCAUUUAAUGCCUCCAACAGCCUGCGCAGACACAUCCGCAAUAAUCACGACACAGCAAAGAAAAUUUACACUUGCUGGUAUUGCACAGAUGAAAAUCAGACAUUUCCUCAGCCAUUCAUGCUGGAGAAUCACAUCAGCCUCAUGCAUGGCAUCAAAAACCCAGACUUAUCCCAGAUGGCCAAAGCAGAAGCUCCAGAGGGAGACACAGCAGAAGCAAAAUCUCCAAAGAGGGUGGCAGCAGCUGAGCUGGGGCAGGCAGAGACCGCUGCAGGUUCAGAGGCACCACCGGCCAAAAAACUGAAGGCUCCUUGGAAGUGUGCCAAGUGCAGCUUCACAACAGAGGUCAGCCAGGAGUUCCAGGAGCACAUACCCCGGCACAAGACUGACAGCUCCACCUACCAGUGCUUGUUCUGUGGCCUGUGCUACACCUCUCACAUCUCUCUGAACAGACACCUCUUCAUCGUUCAUAAAGUGAAAGAUGAGGAGGAGGAGGAAGAGGAGGAGGAGGAGGAGGAAGAAGAGGAGGAGGAGGAAGGUGAAAGGCAGAAGUUACAAAGGGAGAUGAGUGAGAAUGGACACGAGGGGUAUAAUGGUGAGAUGAACACCACGGCAGAAGAAGAAAACCUGAAAUGCAAAGAGUGCAAAAGUGACUCUGCUCUUUGUGAACACAGUCAGACGUGUGGCGUGGAGGGUCGUCACAGCACCUCGCAGAACAAUCAUUCAAAGUCUCUUAAGACUUAAAAACAAAAAGAACCCCUUUUGGUUGGUCAGGGGCUUUUUUGUUGGGGGGUUUUUACUCAAAAUAUGGGGUGGGGAUAGGGUGAAUCUUCGAAAUACUCUGUUGAUUUCUUGGGAUGGACAUUGCUUUCCGUUAACUUCUAUUUGUAAGGGAAAUUUACAAAAGAAAAAACAAACAAACGAAACAACCAAACCCUGCCAUUGCAUCCUAAGCACUAACUCUGCCAGGCCAGAGGGGUGAAAAGGGAAAAGCAGGGCGAGAAUCCUCGCUGGAGCUUGUCCAACUCCUGAGGAUCAAGGAGCACUUUCUGCAGCUGCAGUUUCCUUAGGAUGAGCUCUCUUCUUCCGAGUGUGCACUGCCUCAGCCUCUGCCUGGAGCUUCAGUCUUCCCUAUCUCGCUUUCUUCCUCCUUCUAUUUAUGGCUUCUUUUUUUCUCUUCCCAUCCCACCUUUCUUUUUCUCAUUUUAUCUCACGAUGCUGUCUUGGCAGAGCACGCUUGUCAGGUCAGGACCCUGCUGGACAAUCUGGCACCUUCUGCGCUGCCACGGGAGGGGUUCAGGGCUGAAGCCGUGCUGACUUUUCUUUGUUUGCCCGAGUAACAACUUGGUUUUCCAAAAGGCAAUUUGUGGAAAUGUCUUGGACCUCAAGCAUUCCGAACGAGAAUAUUCUGUAGCCCUCCCCCUCUGGGCUGAGGCAGCCUGGUGCCCCUCCAGGCUCUGCUGCUGCCUCUGGGGGAGUUGGGCUGCUGGAGGGUGGCAGGGGGGAGCUCGGGCAGAGCCGGGGGGCCCCGUUCCCAGGUGGGGAAAACAUCCCUUGCCCUGUCCUUGGUGUCUGCUGGAGCAAAACCAUCCCAGCACUGCUGAGGGUGCCAGUUUGGACCUGGGGCUCCCUGACUGGUGGGUGUCCAGCGAGGGGAGCGUGUCCCACGGAGGGGCUCAGCCCAGCAUCCCGGCCGGGCGGGUGCCAGCUCCCACCCAUCACCUGGGAUUCUUCCUUCCACGGAGUCAUAUUGACUCUCUCUUUCCUCAUUCAUUACUCCCUCCCCCCAGCCCAGCCACAAAUGGUUUGUGUAACGUAAUUAUCUUCUAUACUAUUAUUUUUUUAUUACUCUGUUGAGCCAGAACCCUGCUCGUUAUUGUUUACUUAUGAUGAUGUUUAAAUAAUUUAAGAACUAUUUAUCUCGUGGCAUUCGGAUCGCUCCCCUUUCUCGUCCCGGGCCUGUUCUGACACGGGCGAGUUCGGACUCUUUAUUUUCGGUUCGGGUGCGCGUUAGCCAUGGGGAGGAGGCUUCUCCAUGCAGCCUGGGGAGAGUGAAGGGCGGCGGGGGCCACUCCCGAGCCACCACGAAUCCUUUUAACCCGCAGCGGCGUCUGUGCCUUGCUAUGAUGUUUACUUCCAAUUAUUGCAAAUAAAAAGCAUCCAAG